UCGUACCAGCCAGUCAAGCCACAGAUCGGAGCACGCGGCAGUUAGCGGGGAGCAGGCCAAUCGCACAUCAGUCGUCACAGUGGCUCGCUUGGCGCUCUCGGGCCUCUCGCGUUUGAGAUACCGGGAUCGAUGGAGGGCAGCCUGCUGCUCGUCGAUUCGGCCGCGGCGAGCCUGUGCGCCACGACGGCGGCGCGCCGCCACCGCCGCGCGGCAGGCCGGAGCGGCGCGAGGUUCCUGAGCUGUUCUUGCUCUUCCAGAGACGAGCCGGCGACGAGGGCCUGGCCGUCCUACUCCUCCGCUGGUAAUAACAUGCCGAGGGCGGUGAGGUCGGUGCCGCGCGUGAACGGGUGGAGCGGCAAUGGCCACGGCGGGUGGGCGGCGGCGCGGGAGGAGAGCUCCGUCCUGCUGGAGGCCCUGGAGGACGAGUACGGCGGGAUGAUCGUCGACGCCGACCGCCUGCCGUCCGACGCGGACGGGUUCUCGCGGUCCCUGGCGGCGUCGCUCUCCUACUGGAAGUCGGCGGGCAAGAAGGGGGUGUGGCUGAAAUUACCGUUGGAUCGCUCCGAGUUCAUCCCAUUAGCAGUGAAGGAAGGCUUCAGGUAUCACCACGCAGAGCAGUCGUAUCUGAUGCUAACGUACUGGAUCCCUGACGAGCCCUGCUUGCUCCCGGCAAAUGCCUCUCACCAGGUUGGAGUCGGGGGCUUCGUGAUCAACGACCAAAUGGAGGUUCUUGUGGUGCAAGAGAAAUAUUCAGCUUCAUCGUUGCCCGGUGCUUGGAAGCUCCCGACAGGAUUCAUUCAUGCGUCAGAGGAGAUUUUUACAGGAGCUGUCAGAGAGGUCAAGGAGGAGACUGGAAUUGACACUGAAUUUGUGGACCUGAUUGCUUUUAGGCAUGCACAUAACGUGGCGUUCCAGAAGUCAGACCUGUUCUUCAUCUGCGUGCUGAGACCACUGUCCAACGACAUCAGGAUCGACGAGGCGGAAAUCCAAGCAGCAAAGUGGAUGCCGCUCCCGGAGUUGAUGGAGCAGCCCUUCAUCCAGGACGACCACAUGUUCAGGAAGAUCUCCGACAUCUGCGUGCAGCGCCUCCGGAAGCGCUACUGCGGCCUGACGGCGCACCACGUGGUCUCCAGGUUCGACGGCGGGGCGUCCACCUUGUACUACAACGUCGCCGAGCCCGAGCGCGGAGACCGCAACGGCGACGACGCUGCCUGACCCUGAAGGACGGAUUGGCUGCUCCGCGCAUCAUUUGGCCAUCGAUUCGUGCAGGGCGUGAUCCCAGUUCCCAAUCACCAAAAUUUUCACCAAGAUCCCAGUUUCGGCGUGAGGCACCGCAGAGAAUAAUGCCGAUUGGCAGCGUCGAUCUGCAUGUACCUGUGCAGAAGACUCAUCACCGCUGUAGCUUUGGGGGUGAUGGUUUGCAGCGUCGCAGUUCCGGUGCACUUGCCGCGCUGCCGGAUCGGAGCAUGUUCCUGCUGCCGUGUAAUGGAUUGGGUCGCCGAGAACGGCCUUGGGUUUGCGUUGCGUCCAACCGGCCGCUGGCUUCAAGCCUUCAAGGGUU